CCGGCGUCGGACGCACCAUGGUCACGCUGCGCGCUCUGCUGGCGCUCGCGCACGUGCUGCUGACGGCCGCGGCGCCAACGCCGCCCGAGACCGAGCACCGGCGCUGGGCGGACGCCGCGUUCGAGCUGACCACGGCGCUGAACUGCUCGGACGCCGUGGUAACGUCGGCCGCGCGCUGCGACCGGCUGAAGCUCAUCAGCCGGCAGCGGGCGGCCGUGUACCUGGCCGAGCGGCCCGCCGGCACGCAGCUGGUCUCGCUGCUGCCCGACGGCGAGCUGACGGCCGUCGGCGACGUCGACGCAGUGCUCGUCAUCGACCCGUUCCCGGACGCGUCUUGGGGCCACCUGGUCACCGUGUUCACCGUGGAGCGGCACCACAAGGCCGGCAAGUGCGGCCCCUUCGGCGGCGUCAGACUAGAAACGGGCGAGUGCAUCUCGCGAGCCGUCAAGACGCGCUGCCUCAACAAGCUUGAGACGCAGUACCACCUGGACGACGUGGCCGUCCGCUGCCAGCUCAACUUCCUGCCGGAGGUGCGCGUGCGGCCGCCGGCGCUGCCACCUAGCGGCGGCCCGGCGAAUCUGCUGACGUGUCGGCCGCUGCCCGGAUUCGGGCUGUGUCCGCGCCUGCGCCCCCUGGCGGAGACCAGUACACUGCUCUGCGACCCGAGCAGUGACAACCACCACCGCUGUGACACGACCCACUUCGUGGAGACCAGGUGCCGCCUCUUCGAGACGUGCGACCAGGCCGUGCUGCUGUCUGGCGGCUGGAACCGGCUGCACAGCGACCAGCGCAGCAGGAUCAACAUGCUGCACAUGUACCGCAUGCUGCACCACACCGGCUUCCACAAGCACAACAUCAAGGUGUUCUUCGCCAACGGCCACGACAACACGGAUGGCAGCGAUGAAGCCUACCCGCGCACCUAUCUGCACGCGUCGGCGAUGAAGCUGGGUCUGCGCUACCACCUGCGGAAGAUGUGCGCCGAGCCGCACUGCGUCGACUCGCUGGUGGUGUACCUGAACUCGCCGGCGGCCAACGACGGGUCGGCGCUGCUCUGGGACGCUGACGGCGACGGCAUCGCGUCGCACCACGAGCGGUACCGUGUCUCGGAGCUGCUCUCGGACCUGGAGUCGUGCGCCGCGCGCCAGGUGCUCCUGCUCGUCGACCAGAGCUUCUCUGGCCGCGUGGUGCGCGCCAUAGCCAACUCGCCCAACCACGCCAACGUGCAGGUGGCGAGCGCCGGCAGCGCCGACGAGUACAGCUGGGGCGGCGAGUUCACGCGCGUGUGGAGCGCCACCAACCACUCGCGCGCCUGCACCUCACAUAUCAGCAAGUCGCUGCGGUCAGCCGUAUUCCGCUCGCACCCGGAGAGCGCCUCCGGCCCGGAGGUGCCGCCGGCGCUGACGCUGUUCGGCGCGCCCUGCGACAUCACGCCGGCGCUGACGGCCGCCGAGCUCAACAAGAGCUACCGCGGCUGCCAGAACCUGCCCAUUACCGUGUGGUUCCGCGGGCGCGUCGGCCGGCCGGCGGCCGCCUCGCUCGAGCAGCUGGUUCAGGAGGCGGCCACCAGACGCAGCCGACCACCGGAGCACCCGUAG